GGGCGCCCCUACUGGUGAGUCUGUGUGCACCUAUUAGUUCCUCCCUGCGCCCCUGUCGGUAGCUCCCUGGCGGCCCAGCGGGCGGUUGGGAAGGUUGGGACAUUGGGACGGAGCGCUUGGGCCCCGCCCCUCAGGCGCCUGACGCCUCCAUCCGCCACCCCGCGCGGCAGCGAAGCCGGAAGUGGGUUCCCCAAACAAACGGGAGGCGCAGUAGACUCCGUGCGAGUGGGAGCGCGGGAGCUCCGGUGACUUGCCGCCUACGACCCGCGCAGCUCCAGUGCCUCCGACCCACCCACCACCACCCCCGGGAGAAACGGCUGGACCAUGUCGAACAUGGAGAAACACCUGUUUAACCUGAAGUUUGCUGCCAAAGAGCUUAAUAGGAAUGCCAAAAAAUGUGAUAAAGAAGAAAAAGCUGAAAAGACCAAGAUUAAAAAGGCCAUUCAGAAGGGCAAUACAGAAGUUGCACGAAUACAUGCUGAAAAUGCAAUCCGCCAGAAAAACCAAGCAAUUAAUUUCUUGAGAAUGAGUGCCCGGGUGGAUGCUGUAGCAGCUAGAGUUCAGACAGCAGUGACAAUGGGCAAGGUAACUAAAUCAAUGGCAGGUGUAGUUAAGUCUAUGGAUGCUACAUUGAGGAGCAUGAACCUCGAGAAGAUAUCUGCCUUAAUGGACAAAUUUGAACACCAGUUUGAAACAUUAGAUGUUCAAACACAACAAAUGGAAGACACUAUGAGCAGCACUACAACAUUAACAACUCCACAAAACCAAGUAGAUAUGCUCCUUCAAGAAAUGGCAGAUGAAGCCGGCCUUGAUCUCAACAUGGAGCUCCCACAGGGUCAGACUGGUUCUGUUGGUGCAAGUGUUGCUUCAACAGAACAGGAUGAACUAUCACAGAGACUUGCCCGCCUCCGUGAUCAAGUGUAACACAAAGAACUUGAUGCUGCUGUUCACUACACUUACUUAUGAAACCUCCUGUGUAUCUCUGUGUGUGUGUGUGUAUGUAUGUGUGCGUGCAUAUAUGCGCCUACAUAGAUAUCUAUGGAAUACUCUUGGUAGAAUAAGAUGCUUUGGGCUUGUAGUUCUAUACAAAUAUGAUAAAAAGUUUGAGGGAGCUUUCAUUCUUACUGGACUUUGUAAUUCUGAACAGUAGAGGUUGAAAUGUGAAGGAUACCUUUUAUAAGUGUCUUAGGUUGAGACUAGAUUUUAACUCAUUCUUUUUGAAACAUCUUCAUUAGGCAUUGAGUUGAAAUUCUAGUACCACAAUACUUCAUCUCCUGUUUAGAAUUGUUAGUUACUAAGUUAAAACAUUUUAAAUCCCAUGUUCUUUUAUCUCCACAGAACUGAGGUUUUUUUUUUUUAAAUAGGAAAGGAAUAGGGCAAGGGAAUCUCUCUCUCUCUCUCUCUCUCACUCACACACACACACUCUCAUUUGCUCACAAAGCUCAGUACAUAUCAUUCCCCAUUUUGGGAUGAACAGUACUGUGUGCAUGUUGGUCUGCUUUUAGUCUGUAUUCAUAUUUUAAGCUCAGUCCAUAGGCAUUUUCAUAAGAUAUUAUGAUUUCUGUUUUGUGUGUGUGUGUGUGUGUGUGUGUGUGUGUUCUCUAAAAUCUUCAUGAAAUAAUCAUCUUCACCCAUAAUCACCUGGGAAAAAAGUGACAUAUUACUUCAUUUACAGGAAACAUUAAGACUCAUUCACAUUUGCUGUUUGCAAGAUCUAGUGGUUAACUCACAGUCAUAUUUGGACUUCCAUACUUCUCUCUCCAAUGAAAUGAUAAAAUUGAGAAAUUGUCCCGUCAGAUUUUUAUUAGCCAAUAUUUUUAUGUUAAUUUACAUAGAACUCUUACCAUGCACAUUCCCAGGGACUGUUGUUGAUUCAUUUGACCUGUUUUGUUUUAAACAAGAAUUUUGAGAGCAAAGAACUCAGUAGUGCUAUUCUUGAAACUAAAUGUGUUAGUAGAGUAUGUCUUAAAGCAGCACCUCAUUACUCAUUGGGAAUCUUAGGUGAAUUGGGGUAUUUUAAGUUUGGCCAUACAAGCAACAUAAACACUCAUCUAGUUAAGUGGAAGUUAAAAUGGUUUGAGGGUAUUCGGGGUAGGAGUGGGAGGGGACUGAGUCACUGAAUUUAGUUGUCCAGGUGUCCGUUCAGCCUCUUAGAAUGGCCGGUUUAGUUUAUUAAAAUGUGCAAUUUUAACAUGAAGCUAUGAUGUUUUACUUUAGCAGUCACAAAAUGGUGGCCGAACAGUGAAUUAUUAAUACAUUGUAGCAAGUACACAAAAGGAGGUUGAAUGAGUACAGUGAUUUGCGGGGAGGGGGGGGGAUUUAUCCCCCUAAUGAAAGAUUUCCCCAUAAAAGAAUUUCAUUGCUGUUCUUUUAUUUUUCCAAAUAAGAAAGUUUUAUUGAGGAAUGAUUCUCCCUGUCGUGAGUCACAAACGCAUUCGAAGUGCAAUUACAAGAGCCUUUUGCCAGACCUUUUUAGCCAAGUGUUACCCAUUCAUCCAAAGUAUUCUCCACUGUGAAUGAGAAUGUGUUUGAAUGAAAAAUACAUGAACAAGUACAUGCAAUGAGAAAUAGCUGUGGUGUUUGUUGAGCACUAGGCACCAUGUAUACAAGUUUCUUGGUAUGUGACUAGGAUGUUUCUGUUUCUAUGCAGACAGCCUGCAUUUUGUUAUAUGAGUGAUUCUUUUUUUCUCUGUAUGAAAGUGGUUGGUGUGUUUGUUUCCAUUGAAAUAUUCUAGGGAGCCAGAGAAGAGAAUUAUCACAGACCGAAAUGCCUAUGAAGUAGAAACUCUCCUUAUUUUCCAUUGUUGAAGUAUGUAACUUGUUCUUUUGACUUGGGUAAAAAGAUUAUAAUUAAAAAUCUGUUAACUUGUGGGUACCUCUUAUUUGAAUCUUUAAACCAUCAAUCCAAA